UUGCCGCGUGUCAGAUCGUAUUUGAUAAGCUCAAACCGUAGUCCCGUUUUGACUGAAGUGUCAACUUCUUCUUCUCACAUUGUAUACGUGCAUGAUAGUAUGAUUUCAUCGGUGUGCUAUACUGAGUUGAUUCUUGUAUCAAUCGUUGCAUUAUCAUCGUCAACACCAACGAGUCAAACUUACGAUGAGUUACUCGAUGCAUUCAAAGCUGUGGAAACCAAUCGGAAGGCCGCUAUAAAGGGGGCGCUAGAGGUAGCAUCGGGCCGAAAAAACAACGUUACUCUUGAGCUCUUACAUGGUAUCGUGGCAGAGGCGGACUUGGUGCUCCAGAACAUAAGGCGCUAUUUCGACGCUGGUAAGGUCAUGUUCGACUUGAAUCAAGGAAAAGUAAACCUCGGAGAUGCGGAAAUAAUUGCGAAAACUCAGCUCAUGCGAGAGAAGCUUUACUUGCAGGAUCAAUUGCAUAGGCUAGCCGCAACCUUCAAAACCUUAAAAGCUCAAAUGAAGGAUCUACCAAUGGACUUGAUGAGCAUUCUGCAACCAGUAAUUCGCAGCAUCAAAGAGAGCGAAGAUGCAAUAGUUCCACUCGCGAGACAAUUUCGAGUGUACCUGGAUGAAGUCAAACCAACCCUAAUAGUACCAGGACACAAGAUGACUUCUUAAAUAUGUAUCAAUUGAAAAGUUGUUUCAAAGACAAGUUUAGAACACAUUUUUAUCGGGAAGAUUUCAAAUCGCAUUUGAAAUCCUUUAAAAAUAUAUGUGGAGUGAUGUAGUGUAUCCAUCGUUACGGAUUCAUUAACUGUUUCCACAAUUUAAAUGAGCCGAUCAAAAUAAAACAGCAAUUAGACUGGUGGUCGGUGGAAUAAUGUCCAGCAAUAACGCGUUGAGCAGAAAAGAACCAAGCCACAUCAGAUUACCAAAUUAAACUGGAAUAUCUAAUUUUUUACAAGAAAACGUUUGUGCGGAUUUUUUUGAAAAUUUCAAUGAAUUUGCUUAGUAUGUAUAAUACAGAAAAUUCACUAGAUUGUCCACAAGAAUUCGCACAGUCGUUUUUAAGUAUAACAUUAAAUUCCCCAAUUCUAUUUGGUAAUAGCUAGUGUGGCUUAGUUCCUUUCUGUUUAACGCGGUCCAAUUAAGAGGAGCAUCUAUUUUUUAUUAGAAUAUUAAAAUACAUUUACUCGUUAGUCUGUUCGUGAUUGAUGUAGAUUAAAAAAAGUAGGCGUUUUUUAAUUUUUAUGUGCCUUACUCAACAUUCGUAUCGAUGUCACCUUUCGAUCGGCUCAUUCUAAUAGUGGAAACAUUUAUAUUAUCAAUUUUACCGUUUUUAAACUCAGCGUCUCUGAUCAAAAACACAGGAGGGAGUGGGAGCAGAUUAGUCACAAUUACAGCAGGUAUUUUUUGUGUGCAAAAACCCCGCAUAAAGUUUGAAAUUCGUAAGUUUUAAAUCACUUUUACCCUUCCAUUUCCGAAGGUAAAAGUCGGCAAAUUGUAUGGCCUCUAAGGAGAUAUUAAUCUCGAUCAUAUAAUUGGUUAUUUUCUUGAGAGAAACUCACAAGAAGAGGACAGAGGACGUUAGAUUCCCGUCAAAAUGUCAAAAAUAAGUAGUGAGAAAGGCGCCUUAAAAAUGACCAUGUCAAUGUCGAUAAAUGCAGUGAAACCAAAACACUGAUGGGCAAUUCUUAAAGAACAAUACGGUCUGGAUCCUUUCUCCAUCAUCUCGCCUUCCUAAUCAAAAACAGCAGAUCCACUUACGUGAUGGCUACUGCAGUCAGGUGAUUCUUGUUUCGUAGAAAAUCACUGCACGAAUGUAAUUUGCUGGAUCUGCAGGAGACUCUUAUUCAACGCGAUGACCAUCUUCGAUGAAGUCGGGCUGCUCCUAAGACCUACUGACCUGCACUACUUCCAUUUACACUGAUAUUUUGCCAUUGUUGCGGCAUCGCGGAAGCUGAGCUAUUUUGGAAUUGCAUUUUGAUGGGGAAAACUCGACUAUGUGCACUUUUACGGAAAAACAAACAUAUCGACGGUGAAACUUAAAAACUGCGUAUCUCUGUUGGGAGGUUUCAAAAUCCCCGCUCCUGUUUGAUUUUUUUAAAAAAAAACAAACAAACAAACAAAUAAACAUCAUUCCUUCAAGUUUGUUUUCAAAAUUUGUCGCGCAAAGAAGACAAAAAUCAAGUAGGUUUUUGAGAAAUGACAUUAAAUAAAGACAAGUCUGUUAAAACAACAACGCCUCUAAAAAUUCUAUCCCUGCGGUUCCUCUAUGCUCCACUUUGAAGUCUAUUUUGGACUUAAGAACAAAUCAACGUAAUUUUUGUGAAAAUAUGAAACUAAUGAGACGAGAAAAACCGUCAAUUGCUGUAUAAGAAUAAUGUGUAUCUCCAUAAAUGCAGCGUGUAAAAUCUCCAAUUGUAUUUUCCUUGAGUAGAACAAAUCAAAAUGCUUUCUC